UCUUCGUUUUCCUCUUCCUUCCUCUCUGUAACUUGAACUUCCUCUUUGAAAUCAUAAUGGCAGUCUUCGUAGAGACUAAUUUGAAUACCCGUUUUGCUGUGGGGAUUACAGACAAUGAUACCGUUGGGAAUCUGAAGGUAAUAACAUCAUCAUUAUGGUUUGGUUAUGCAGAGAAGAUAUCAUCUGUUCAUCUUAAUUGCUUUCCAGUGCUUGGCAAGAUAAAUGUUAGUGCUAUCAAGGUCAAGCGCAACAAACAUUUGUACCAAAUACCAGACUCCAUACUUGUAAAAAUUGUAUUUGAGAGAGUCAAGGGAACGUGGUUCCUUUAUGUGGAUGCUACUGUGGAGAAAUCUGAAGAUCAGAUUGCCCAUGACCCAAUUGGAGAAUCAAUGAAAGAGAUUAAUCAUGGUGAGAACCAGCUGCACACUAAACAAGCAGUUGUACCAGAGAACUUGUCAGUAGAGAAACCAUUGGUUAACAAUGACCAUGUAGUCAAACCAGUGAAGAAGAAGAAGAAUCCGGCCAGUGUAGCUGCACCUUCUGAUUUGAAGCGCAAGUUAUCGGAAGCUUCUCCAGAUACAGGGGCUAAGGAUGUUUCUAACACAAGAGUUAAGAAGAAGAAGUCAAUUAAGAUCUCUGAUGGUGAAACUGGCUUGUUAAACUCAGGAGCUAGAAAAGAUGGCAGCACAAGUGAUGUCGUUCCCAUGACAUCAAAGUCUGAAAAACCUUCAGUUGCGGAGCAUCCUAGCCUGGAAACUAAGAAAGCAGGUAAAAGCUUGCCUCCAACUGGAAAGUCAAAGAAGUUAAAAGUAAAAACUAUUGUUGCUUCAUCUUCACGCCUUGAGAAGGGAUCUAAUAAGGACUGUGGGAUCGUUGACAACUCUGUGAACAUGGUGGAGUCUUCGAAGACUAAACAGUCCAGCUCAAAAAAUGACCAAGAGCCACAGAAGGAACAGAAUGGCGUCAUCUCAAGGGAUCUUAGUACUUCAACUGGUGAAAACGAGAAACAGGGGUGCACCCCAUUGUAAUGUUAUCUCAUCAGACCUCUCUUGCCAGCGUGUUAUAGCUCCAGAUUAUGGUCUUUUUUUUGGUGGUACCAUCAUCAUUCUUCUCCUGGCUUAGAGUGAUGUUUUUUUUAAGGGUCUGCAUGUGUAGGUUCAUUCGUAGUCUGUUUCAGUCAAUGUGUUUUCUUCCAAGUUAGGGGUGAUGUUUCGGCUUUUAUGCACUUCACAUGCUAGGGCAUUGUAGUUGAAGGAUGUACUUGGUUAUCAAUCUCUUUUUUUUUUUUUUUUGUAAUUGGUGUCAGGGUUGAUGACCUUAAUAUAUGUUUGUUAUCACUUCAACCGGUUCGAGUUUAUGAAGAUAUUCUUUUUGAA